AUGAGGCCCCAGAUUUACUCUUGGACUUUGUGCCUACUUCUUGCUCCUUUCUCUGCAGUUGAUGCAGCACCAGCCCGAAGGAGCAGUAACCCUCCUUUGAGAGGAUCGGAGGCACUUGUCGGGUACUCUUCCACUGAAAAGAGCGCCAGCGGAACUCAACCGGAUAUCAAAUACAGUCUUCUUCCCGGUCAGACGGUCAGCCCGGAUAUCGGUGCAUAUCUGGACUUUGAGAAAGUCGACAAUCCCCAGCCCAUUCGAGGCUCCACAGGCAGCGAUGAUCCUGGCCCCCGGAACUAUGCCUAUGACCGAAUCAACAGCGACAAGCUGGCACCCCCUGGCACCGAUAACGGUCAGACUAUUAACGCCCAAUGGCCCAUGGGUCUCAGCCAUAACCGACUUGGUAUUGAUAAUGCUGGAUGGGCUCGCCAGGAAAAUACGGUGGUGAUGCCAGAUGCAACUGCGAUGGCUGGGGUUGAUAUGCGUCUAGAACCCGGUGGUUACCGUGAGCUGCACUGGCACGUCGCUGGAGAGUGGUCUCUAGUGUUGAAUGGCUCUUGUCGUAUUCAGGCAGUCAACGAGAAUGGACAGACAUUUGUGGAUGACCUUUCUGCAGGUGAUGUUUGGUUUUUCCCACCAGGAAUUCCUCACUCAAUUCAAGCGCUAGAUGAUGGUGUUGAGUUCUUGCUUGUUUUUGAUCAGGGUGACUUUGACGAGGAUAAUACCUUCCUAGCCACAGAGGUGUUCCUUCAUACCCCCAAAUCGGUUCUAGCGAAGAACCUCGGUGUCUCCAUCUCGGCCUUCGAUGAUAUUCCAGACGGUGAGCUUUACAUUUUCGAAGGUACCCCAGCGCCAGCAGAUAUCGAGAAGCAAAACGUUACGACUCAAUCCGGUGUUAUUCCCCGAACCGAAAGCUAUUCAUACCAUUUCUCUGAGCAGGCCGCGCACGAAGUAGCUGGUGGGUCAGUCAAGAUCGUGGAUCCUCUCACUUUUCCGAUUGCCAAUAACUUCUCUGCUGCUAUUGUCACCGUGCACCCUGGUGGCAUGCGGGAAAUCCAUUGGCACCCGACCAGCGAUGAGUGGACUUUCUUCAUUCAAGGCCAAGGCCGCGCGACAUUGUUCUCGGCACCUGACACUGCAACCACGUUUGAUUACCGGGCUGGUGAUGUUGCGUAUUUCCCUCAGUCAAACAGUCACUAUAUCGAGAACACUGGCGACGAGGAUUUAAUGUUCGUGGAGGUGCUUCAAGCACCCCAAUUCACUGAUAUGGCUCUUGGUCAAUGGAUCGCAUCCACCCCGAAACAAAUUGUGAAGGACACCCUGAAUUUGAGUAAUAGUACCCUAAGCAAACUCAAAACGGAAAAGCAGUAUGUUGUUGCUGGCUCGACUAGCGCCUAG